AUAAAACAAAAUAAUUAUAAUUGAGGAUCAAGUGGUUCCGUGCAUAUCUACAAACAAACCCAUCAAAAACUUCUAAUGGGCUCCAAUGAUGAUGCAACAUGGGCAGGCUCACGGCGGCUGAAGACAUUGGCCAACCACUUCAGCAACCAAAAACAGCCACAGGCGGCGGCGGCUGGUUUUGCCAAAAGAGCUGCAGUUCUCGUAUGCCUUUUCCCAGGUGACGAUGGCAAUCUCCGAGUUAUUCUCACCAAGCGAGCCUCGACUCUCUCCUCUUACUCAGGCGAAGUUUCUCUCCCCGGAGGGAAAAUGGAUGAAGGUGAUGCUGAUUGUGUCGACACAGCCUUGAGGGAGGCUAAGGAGGAAAUUGGCUUGGACCCUUCUCAAGUUCUUGUAGUUACAACUUUAGACCCCUUUAUAGCUAAGGGCGAUGUGUUAGUGGUUCCUGUGAUUGGCUUGCUGCGUGACAAGAGAGCAUUCAAUCCAAUUCCAAAUACGGCAGAAGUGGAAGCAGUAUUUGAUGCACCUUUAGACUUGUUUCUCAAGGUCAUAUAUCCAUAUAUCGGCCAAUUCUUAAAAAGUGCUCACCAAUCAAAUUACAGGACGAGAAUAGAAGAGCAGAGGAGAAAGAGUGGAAAGGAGAAGAGUUCAUAUGCAAUUUUUUCGACUAUGAAUGUCACAACAAGAAAUAUGUGAUUUGGGCUUUAACUGCUGUGAUUUUGAUUACAUCUGCUUCGCUUGUGUACCAGAGGCCACCAGACUUUUCUGAGCGAAGACCCAAAAUUUGGAGCAGUGACGCUGUUAAGCUUAGCCAAACGGGGCCAUAACUCAUUAUUCUUGAAGCCUUUAAUUCGUAUUACGCUGUUCAUAAAACCGCCCAUACUACAUCACACCGCAUCGUAAUUUGUGAUUUAUAACCCUUCGCGGUGCGUUUGCAGUUUGUAUUUUUAUCAAACCGCGCGGUGCCGUUUGCGGUUUUAGGUUUUAAAUUUUAUAAAUGCUGUUCAAAUCACAUUGCACCGCAUCAUUAUAUAUAUUAACUUUUUAUA